AUGGAAGAAUCAGCUACGGCAAAGCAACCCUUUGACUCGGGGCCACUUGCUGACGCUGGCGAAAGACGAGCGAUAUUCAACGUCUUAGAUUCGUUUCGCCAGUACCGCAAGCAGACCCAUUUCGGCACCACUCACCGACGACGGCAGAACUUUUACGCAUUACCUAAGAAUCAUCAAGAUCUCCUGAACUCGCCCGGAACACUUUUCCUGGACAAUCUAAGCGCGAUCGAUGAUGCGAUAGAUGAGAAUGCAGAUAUUGAGAAUGAAAUUCUUCAAUUAGGGCUGGAAACAUUCGAUCUGCCGGCACAGCCGCACAUUGAUAGCUGGAACAAUUGGCACGACACAGCUAGGCCUUUAGAUCUUGACAAAGCACAUUCCACUCUCAAGCAAUUUUGGCGAGACUGGUCGCGCGAAGGAUUUGAGGCAGAGCUCAAAUCAGUUCUCGACACUAUCUUGCACGAUGUGAAGAGUUACCUGGACAGUCCUGUGACCAACACCAGAAUCCUCCUACCAGGUGCUGGACUUGGACGGCUGUUGUUCGAACUAUGUCUAGCCGGCUAUACAGCUGAAGGCAACGAGAUAUCAUACCAUCAGCUGUUGUCAUCAAACUUUGUAUUGAAUACCACCAAGUACGCUAACCAAUACAAGCUCUACCCGUUUAUAAAUAGCUUCAAUAAUCACACAAGUCGCGCUAAUCAGUUACGAUCUGUUACCAUUCCGGAUGUGCAUCCAAGCACGGCAAUGAGUGAAAAUUUGAAGGCAGGUCUUCCCAUUGGUAACAUGAGCAUGACAGCAGGAGAUUUUAUCACAUCGUAUACAUCAGCCGAAAGUGCUGGUUCGUUCGAUGUGGUGGCUACGGUGUACUUUAUUGAUACAGCGCCAAAUGUGAUCCGAUACAUCGAGACAAUACACCAUUGUUUGGGGGAGAAUGGAUUAUGGAUCAAUAUCGGACCUCUUCUCUGGCACUUUGAAGAUCGACUGACUGAUAAGCAUGAUGUGCAUGUGGACGAAGAGAACGACACACAAAACGUAGCAAAGGAUUCUACUGGUAUCGCCGAACCUGGCUCAUUCGAGCUGACUGAAGAGGAGGUGAUGACUCUGGUGCAGCGUAUGGGAUUCGAAGUCAUCUUCCAGGAGACUUUGCCCCCAAAUGCUGGAGCCUAUAUCCAAGAUCCUUCAAGCAUGUUGCAGCAUGUCUACAGGUGCAGCCACUGGGUGGCGAGGAAGACGAGUGCUUCAAGUUGA